UAUAAUUUAAUUCUACUUUGAAAAUUAGUCAAAUUAACAUGAAAAGCGCAAGAUGAUAAUUAAAAACGAAUAGAGAUAUUUAUGAGCGAAAGAAAACUUAGAUGAACCUGUUGCGCCCUUAACUGGGAUAUGUAGAUACUAAAUGUGGUCCAAAUUAACAGUAUAACCAAAUAAUAUACUGCUAAUAAAUUAACAACUUUCAUUAUUAAGCUCACUAAAAUGUCAUGUCAUUAGGAUUUGCAUGAACGUGAUACAAUCCUUCUACAUCAUCAUUUCUAAUAAAGGUUCAACUUUCUGCUUAGUUUUCUAAUAACAAUCACAAUAAAGCUAUCAUCACCAUUUUCAUGAGUUGUAACUUAUAAGGUAAUGCGUGGUAAAAUUAAAGUGUAUUUAUAUAUUAUAUACUUUUUCGACGAAGAGUGUUCAACAGACUAAUCUAAGAAAUGUGGAGAACUCUCAAGAAUAUAAGUAGUUGGCAUUGAAUUGGAUGUAUUUGUUUACUUUUUCUUCACAAGUUUGAGACACUAUUUGCUGCCUUCUACUUUUGUGUAUGUAUGACCUUUUUCUCUAGAAAUGUGAAGAGAAUUCUCAAGAAUAUAAGUGUGUGAGACCAUAUAUGAAUUUGCUAUACAUCACAAUAAGUUCUUUGUUUUGUGAUCGUGGUUGUAGGUAGUCAGAGGCGGAUCCAUGAUUUAUUAGUUUAUGGAUUCUGGACCACUAUUCUUCGUUCGUGCUUAUUAGGUAUAUUGUUUGAUGAGAGUUGCCUCUCCAAAGUUACUGCAAUUUUAACAUUAUGGUAAGAUUGUCGGAUCUUAUUGACGUUGAUGCAGGAGGGACGAUGAGGAUGUCUAAGAGACACGGGGGUAAGUGUUUUCGAUCUCUAGUUGUCUAUCUACAUUGCUUGGACUCUUUAAAUCGUUGUCAGGUGUGUAUCGGAUCCUCCAAAAGCUAUACAUUUUUUUGGAGGAUCCGAUAUGAUUGUGGCAACAUUUUUGGCAAGUUCGAGUAACAGAGGUUACAAAAGGGUGUUGAUUAUUAAAGGAAAUUACUGGACAGUAGUUUUUCACUAUAUAUACGUGAUUUGUGUAAAAAAUACUGGAUUCAACUUAACUGAUAGGAAUUGGUUGCAUCAGCCUCUGGUUUAUUCGAACCCUCUUUGAUAAAAUCAUCUUUUAUGUAUAUAUAUAGUAGAUGUUGAAUUCCGUUGGCUUCUUUGUGUGUUUACUUCUUCAUAUUUUGAACCCUCUUAGAAAAAAUGCUGGUUCCGCCACUAGGGGAUAUAGUAGAAGUAUUAUGAUACAUAUGUUUCUUCUGCAGGCUUAGAAGCUCCUCGAAAUAGAUUAGAGAAGCCAGCAGAGAGCUUCUGUGAUGGAGGGGAUGAUAUCCUGGUAAUAAUUUGUUAUGUUAUUCUAGAAUUAUCGCAAUUCUCGUUGUAUGUCUUUUCUUAGUUGAUGUGAGCCUGGACAGUGAAAUGAGAAACUUAAUAUCUUCUAUACAGUUUAUGCAUUUAACAAGUCCAGGGUAAUAAAAUUUGAUCCUCUAUUUUGCUAACGACUCGUGAGAUUAACAUUUGGUACUUCUUGAGCAUUUGAUUCUUCUUUUCAAUCAUCAUUGCUGUAGAGUUGCAAUUUUCAUUGUCAUUUUGAACGUAAAAUGAUCACACUCGACAUGGCGUAUCAUUUGGUUUCCUUCCCUAUAGUGUUCUUGAGCUGAGCAUUUGAUUCUUCUGUUUUGUCAACUUUGAGGUGUUGCAGAGUUGUGAUUUCCACUGUCAUUUUGAACUUAAAAUGAUUCACAACUCGACAUGUCUGUCAACUUUUACGUAUCAUUUGGUUUCCUUUGUUCUGUUGUUACUUCUGUUCUUGUUUUCAACACAGUUUGUUAUUUCUUUGACACGUCGUGAGAAUGAAAUCCAUCUCCGAAUGAAAAUUUGAUACAUUUGAUUCUCAUUUUGGUUGCGUUUUCGCGAUUUAACUCACUAGUUGCUUAAAUUCAGUGUACUUAUCACAUGACAAAUGACUGGCCAGAGAAGAAGAACUGUUAUGUGAAAGAGGUUCCAAUGAAGAAACUGAUCAGCGAAGAAUUAGCUAAAAGACCAAACACAGGGCAGAAUGUGCCUAGCGUUGUGGCCCGUCUGAUGGGACUGGAUACAUUAUCCGUAGAUGAGGAGAGUUUGAGAGAGGUAUCCUCGAGACAAACAGUUUUCGAUUCCUUUGACAGACGGAGUAGGAAUAGCCUGAAGUUUAACGAACUUAAACCCCGAGAACAUCCACAGGAAGAGGAACUACAAAAGUUUAAGAAAGAGUUUGAAGCAUACCAAGCAGCAAAGUUCAAGGAAGGCUCAAAGUUUGUUGAACUUAACACCAACACAGUUCUUUAUGCGAACUCAACGAGAAAGAUGGUUACUGAGAGAUUUAUAGAUCUUAAAGGACUUGCUGCAACAGAAAAUAUACACGAAAGAGGUAUUUCGAAGAUUCAGAAAGAUAAAAAUGAAUUUCUUGCAGCUGCACGAAAUAAGACUAUUCGUGCAUUGAACGUUAAGUCAGGUUCUGCUCCUGCAAAGAUUGUAAUUUUGAGGCCUGUUUCCGACAGGACAGGGAAAAAUGAAGAAUCAUGGGCUAAUUCUCCUAGAAUAUCCGAAGACGGGAGUAGCAUGGAAGAAUUUCUUCAAGAGGUUAAGGGAAGACUAAAAUUUGAAUUGCAAGAGAAGAGUUUCCGAAAAACCAUUGAGAAGCCAUCAGAUGCAAAGAUAAUAGCUCAAUGCAUUGCAAAACAGGCGCGAGAGAGUGUUACUAGGGACGUUGGAACAACUCACCACCGAUCAAAAUCAAUGCAGUCCGAUAGAAGUGAAAUCCAACGCGACGAGGCUAGCUCACCUGAAUUCACUAAAAGAGACACGAGAAGAAUUUUGACCGAACGGUUGAGGAAUGUCCUGAGUGACGAAUCAUCUCAUGAUAUCGACAAACAUGAUCGUGUAAGCUCUACAUCAGUAGCACAGCAUAGGGAAAAGAGCAAAUCUGAAGAAAUGAGAUAUGCUCCGAAUGAAGUGUGCCACGGGGACGAUAUGAAAGAUGAAUCAGACAGGCAGUGCAGAUACUCCAGGCAGGAGCUCAGUAAUGAUGUUAUGCUAGACCAGAAACUAUUUCAUAGAAACCUGGUUAGAUCUUUGUCAGCUCCUGUAUCACGAUCAUCAUUUGGAAAACUUCUCCUGGAGGAUCAAGAUAUGUUAACGGGGGCUCAUAUUAGGAGACAGCAUGAAGCUAUCGAGGAGGUCACAGUGAACGUUAAGAAAUGGCGAAAAGAGAAAUUCAAUCUUAAGGCAAAAGUUUCCAGCUUUAAGCAUAGUUUUGUACUUAAAGGAAAGCUCUUUGGUAGAAAAAUCCAAUCUUUGGAGGAAUCACAUGGAAACAAACAAAUGCACAUGAAAGAUCUUCAGAACACACAAACUGUUGCAUCCAAAUUUUAUGUGAGACAAGAGAAUUCUACUGAGGUGCCACCAAGCCCUGCAUCUGUAUGUAGCACAAGCAAUGAAGAAUUUUGGAGGCAAACAGAUAACUUCAGUCCAUCAUCAUCAUCAAUUUCAGAUGUAAAUCCACUGGAUGAUACUGAGAUACCUCAUGUUUUCAAAGAGAUCAGCUCUAAUCUGAACGGUACGAGUAAAAACUUAUGUUAACUUUAGUUGCAUUUGUAGUUUAGGCGCGGUUACAA